AUCGUGGAGGGAAUCUUGAUCUAUUUAAGGUCUGGAGAUCUGGAGCACUAGCAAUUGCUCUACUUAGACUCUCCUAAGCUGAGGAUAAUCUCUAUCUGCUUCUUGAAUAGAUUAUUUCCACAGAAAAUGGGAGAUCAAAUGACCGAAAAGAUCGCCACUGCUUCCGUGGGGCCGCCGCUGGCGGUAUCGAAGCCAAGGAGGAACAAGUAUGCAUUAGCAUGCACAAUGCUCGCUUCCAUGGCUUCGAUUCUAUUGGGUUAUGAUGUAGGAGUGUUGAGUGGAGCCAUGUUGUUUAUCAAAGAAGAUCUCAAGCUAAAUGACACAAAGGUGGAAGUCCUUAUGGGAAUUCUCAACCUCUACAGUCUGAUCGGGUCAACGGCCGCCGGAAGAACAUCAGAUUGGAUAGGGCGACGGUACACGAUUGUCUGUGCUGCCGUGAUCUUCUUUUUCGGCGCAUUGAUGAUGGGCCUCGCACCCAACUACGCAUUCCUCAUGGCCGGCCGGUUCGUGGCUGGGAUCGGCGUAGGUUACGCCCUCAUGAUCGCACCGGUCUACACAGCCGAGGUCGCUCCCGCCUCGUGUCGAGGCUUCCUCACCUCCUUCCCCGAAGUCUUCAUCAAUUUCGGGAUCUUGCUCGGAUACAUAUCGAAUUAUGCCUUUGCAGGGCUGCCGAAUCAUAUAAACUGGCGAUUGAUGCUUGGUGUCGGAGCCAUACCCUCCGUCUUCUUAGGAUUUGCCAUUCUGGUGAUGCCUGAAUCACCACGAUGGCUCAUCAUGCAAGGCCAGCUCGGAGAAGCCAAACGUGUGCUCGGCAAGACUUCUGAUAGCAAGGAAGAGGCUGAGAUCCGGCUAGCUGAGAUCAAGGAGGCGGCAGGUAUUCCUGAGGAUUGCAACGAUGACGUCGUCCCCGUUCCAAAACGCAGCCGAGGAGAGGGUGUGUGGAAGGAUUUAUUAAUAAGGCCGUCCCCAUCCGUGCGUCGGAUCCUUGUAGCAGCAAUCGGAAUUCAUUUCUUUCAACAGGCUUCGGGAAUCGAUGUUGCAGUCCUCUACAGCCCACGUAUCUUUGAGAAGGCGGGUAUCAAGUCGAAGAAUGGUCUUCUAGGUGCAACAGUGGCAGUUGGAUUCACGAAAACUGUUUGCAUUUUACUGGCGACGUUUUUCUUGGACAAGGUCGGAAGGCGACCGCUCCUACUGAGUAGCUCGUUUUGCAUGGUCGUGUCUCUGUUAGCCCUAGGAUCUGGAUUGACAGUGAUUGACCAUAAUCCUCAUAAGAAACUUGUCUGGGCGAUUGUUCUCUGCAUCACGACAGUCCUAACAUUUGUGGGGUCCUUCUCGAUUGGGCUGGGGCCCAUUACAUGGGUCUACAGCCCGGAGAUCAUCCCUCUAAGGCUUCGUGCCCAGGGCAUGAGCUUGGCGGUGGCCACAAACCGUGUAACCAGUGGUGUGAUCGGGAUGACAUACCUCUCUCUGUCCAAUGCCAUUACCAUUGGUGGGACCUUCUAUCUGUUCGCCGGAAUCGCGACAUUGUCGUUGUUCUUCUUCUAUACUUUCCUACCUGAGACUCGGGGCAAAACCCUAGAAGAAAUGGAGACUCUCUUUGUUAAGCCAAAGGAAAAGACAGAAGGAAAUGCUGCGGCAAGCAACGGCCGUGAUCAGCUGGGAAGAACCAUAGCCUUGGCAAGUGGACAGGGUACUACCAGCGGUCAUGAUUCGAAGACGGAUCAGCAAGCAACCAUUUGCUCUGCCAGUAACCGUCAAUUACAAUAGGAGCUUUUGCUAAGCCAGAAUGUGCGACCUCUGUGCUCUGCAUCAGGUGGGCCCCACAAUUUAGUGACCCCGCCCGAAGCACGUGGAGGGUCAAUUCAUCGUCAGCUGGGUCACAUAUGCACGGAAUCAAUGAAUUACCCGAGGUUCACAUUCAUAUAAGGACACGGCCAGCUCAAAAAAAAAAGGAAAUUGAUCUUGCUGGCCUGGCUGUAU